AUGGACCCUGCAGCUGGAGGUGCUGCUGGUGCUGGAGCUGCUGGAGGUGCUGCUGCUGCUGGCGGUGCUGCUGGCGCUGCUGGAGGUGCUGCUGGUGCUGCUGGAGCUGCUGGAGCUGCUGCUGGUACUGGUGCUGCUGGUGUUGGUCCUGCUGGAGCUGCUGGAGCUGCUGGAGGCACUGCUGCUACUGGCGGUGCUGCUGGAGGUGCUGCUGGAGUUGCUGGAGGUGCUGCUGCUGCUGGCGGUGCUGCUGGCGCUGCUGGAGGUGCUGCUGGUGCUGGUGCUGCUGGAGCUGCUGGAGGUGCUGCUGGUACUGGUGCUGCUGGUGCUGGUGCUGCUGGAGCUGCUGGAGGUGCUGCUGGAGCUGCUGGAGGUGCUGCUGGUACUGGUGCUGCUGGUGCUAGUGCUGCUGGCGCUGCUGGAGGUGCUGCUGGUGCUGGUGCUGCUGGAGCUGCUGGAGGUGCUGCUGGUACUGGUGCUGCUGGUGCUGGUGCUGCUGGAGCUGCUGGAGGUGCUGCUGGAGCUGCUGGAGGUGCUGCUGGUACUGCUGGUGCUAGUACUGCUGGAGCUGCUGGAGGUGCUGCUGGUGCUGGAGCUGCUGGAGGCACUGCUGCUGCUGGCGGUGCUGCUGGAGCUGCUGGAGGUGCUGGAGCUGCUGGGACUGGAGCUGCUGCGGGGGUUGGAGCUGGAAUUGUUGGGGAGGAACCGCACCAGACUGGGGAGCAGGAACCUGGGGGGCUGCGCAACAAGAGGAGGAAGAGGAGCCCAUCGAGGAUUUCAUAG